CGUAAUUCCACGAUAUUUACAAUUGUUCUGUUUUUUUUCUUUUAAAGAAAACAGUGACAACUUACAGAUGCAGAAGAGCGCCAUUGUUUCUCUAAGAUCGUGUCGCAUUCAGUGACAGAGGCCGUGGUGGUGGAUUGGUGUGGGCUGCCAUGGCGCCGAUUGGCCAGGCUGCCGAAGUGUACGUGCCGAGGAGCCUUCAACUAUGGCGAGCUUUCAUCAACUGGAUGGGCUUCUAUUUCCAGAUCCUUCUUCAGAUCCUGAGAGACACGCCUUGCGUUCCUCACCUGCUGUCGUUCGUAGGCCCCUCUUCUCCUUCUUUCAGACCCUUGCCCGUCGUCGAACUCCCUCUCAACGACUUGUCGUCCCUUGCCCAAGUUGAAAACGGUGUCAUAAAUGGUCACCGCCACAUGGAAAAGCUCACAGUAGUUCUUGACUUGGAUGAGACUUUAGUAUGUGCUUAUGAAACAUGUAGCUUGCCUGCAAUUGUUCGAACUCAAGCAACGGAAGCUGGGCUGAAGUGGUUUGAGAUAGAAUGUGUAUCUUCUGACAAGGAGACAGAUGGGAAACCAAAAGUCAAUCAUGUGACAGUGUUUGAACGUCCUGGUUUGCGAGAGUUCUUGAAACGGGUUUAUGAAUUUGCUGAUCUUGUACUAUUCACUGCUGGUGUUGAAGACUAUGCUAGACCACUUGUUGACAGAAUUGAUGUGGAGAAUCUAUUUCAGCUUCGUCUUUAUCGGCCUUCUACUGUUAGCACGGAAUGCCGGGAACAUGUGAAAGAUCUAUCUUGUUUGUCAAAAGAUCUCUGUCGAACUGUGAUUGUUGACAACAACCCAUUCAGUUUUUUGCUGCAACCACUGAAUGGAAUUCCAUGUGUUCCAUUUUCUGCUGGACAACCAUACGAUGAUCAGCUUUUGGAGGUCCUGCUUCCUCACCUCAAGCAGCUCUCCCUGCAAAAAGAUGUGAGGCCUGUGCUUUAUGAGAGAUUCCACAUGCCUGAAUGGUUUCAAAUGCAUGGAUUUCCUGUUUCCGUUUUGACAGCAUGAUGUUAACUAAGGUCACUUUAGGGAUAGGCAGAAAUUUGCCUUGGGGCAGCACCUAACCAGAUACACGUUUGGUGGAAGCAUUUCUCUCGAUGUAGGAUUAACUCCGAUUCUUUUGUAAUUAAACUAUAGGGUUGAACGAAUUUGGAACAUUCAGAGAAUUUAUGUUUUUUAUUAUGGCAA